AUGACGACGCUGCUGCAGUUGCUGUGGAAUUACCACAGGGCAGUGGUCCAUAAUGAGAGACUCGCGGCGGGUACAGCCCCCGGGGGCGCAGGGGCCGGUGAAGACCCGGGCGGCAGGGCAUUGCAGAUGCAGAGACAGGUGAACACGCUGACGGGCCAGUUGCAGGAUAUGUCCCAUGAGAACGAUGUGUUGCGGGAGACGGCGAAGUCUGUGCGCGCGUUUAGUGAGUCCAAGAUCGCUGCGCUCAAGAGACAACUGGAGGCGUUGAAGGCGGAGGGGGGAGCGGGGAGGAGAACGAAGGGGGUGGGUGGCCAUGCUCACACUGUAGCCACCCAUCCCAUGAGUCACGGGAAGCGCCCACUCGGCAGACCCUGCUCAAACACCAUCUUUGACGGAUCAGACAGCGAUGAUCCAACAGUGUUGGGAAUCAAGGCGGAGGACUCGUUCAUCGAGUCCCUACGUAACAGCAACGAGAUAGAGAAUAGGAGGGACAGGGGGAGGCCUGCCCGGGUGCUCGAUGCGGUGGAGAUCCCACUGGACGGCUCACUUUCAAGCGACGGAGACACGCCGCCGCCGCCUCCACAGCCACGGCCACCGCUGCACAAGAAGGGCAAGAAACGCAGACGCCGGCUCACGGAGAUCAAAGUCGCCCGCAUCGCGUCAGAGUGA